AGGCCGCGGGAUAAAGCACUGCCGGGACGUCCUGCUCACCGCGGACGCGGACAAAGGAAGCCAGCCAUGUUCGGGAAACUGAAGAGCCUCUUCUCCUUCCCCGUCAGCCCGACGCCGGCUCCUGCCCCUACCCCUGUUCCUGCCCCUGAACCCUCUGCUCCCACCCCCGCUCCUGCCCCUGAACCCUCUGCUCCCACCCCCACUCCUGCCCCUGAACCCUCUGCUCCCACCCCCACUCCUACCCCUGAAAGCUCUGCUCCCACCCCCGCUCCUUCCCCUGGACCAGCCCCUGUGCCACCUCCCGCUCAGGAAGGAAAACAAACGGAAAGGGGUGGAGGAAAGGAAGAAGAGGCGAAUGCCGCUGAGUCGGCACCAGACCCUGCCCCACACACACUUUUACCUUCACCAGAACCCCCAAAAGCCGAGGAGACACCACACGACCGUGCAAGCCAAGAGCCAGACACAAAGAGCCAGGAAGUAGAAGAAGUAGCCCCUCCUCCCGUCGUGAUAAACCACUAUUCGGACAAAAUGCUACGGUCCAUCAUCCUUCGCCUGAGGGAACGGACGGAGCUAUACAAGGAGAAGGUCAUCGACCCCUACGCAUCCUCGCCUGAACACAGCCCCCCCGUCACUCCAGUUUUGAGAAAGCGUGACUACAUAAAGAAACAGGAGGAGGAGCGAAUCGGAAAAGAAGAGAAGAAAAAAAAGGAAGAGGAAGCCAAGAAGGUGACAGAGAAAAAAGAUGAGAAAAAGGACAAGAAGAAAAAAGAGGAGAAGCCGAAGAGCAAGGUUGAAAACUCCCUCUGUUCCAGAGUCAGCUGUGGCUUCAUCGACAUCCUGCUCAGGCCACUGGAGGAGAAAAUAGACAACUACCUGGACAAGACUUUGGAUCCUUUUACAGACCACCGGUACAUUUUGUGGCUGAGUUUGGUCACCCUGGCUUUCAACUACAACGCCUGGCUUGUCCCGGCCCGCAUGGCCUUUCCCUACCAUACGGAGAAGAGCAUCCCCUACUGGAUUGCCUUCGACUUCCUGUGUGACCUCAUCUACAUCGUUGACAUCAUUGUCUUCCAGCCCCGCCUCCAAUUUAUCAAGGGAGGUGACAUCAUCAAAGACGGGGAGUUAACAAAGAAGAAUUACAGGGAGUCCCUGACAUUUAAGCUGGAUCUGAUAAGCCUCAUACCCUUUGAUCUGCUGUACAGCCAGUUUGGGUUCCUGUCAAUCUUCCGAGUCAAUCGCUUGCUGAAGCACGAGUCCUUCUUUGAGUUCAGUGACCGUCUGGAAAGCAUCAUGAGCAAGGCGUACAUCUGGAGAGUGGGCCGUACUAUUGGCUACUUACUCUAUAGCCUCCACCUCAACUCCUGCAUCUACUACGUGGCAUCAGCCUAUCAAGGGAUUGGCUCCACCCCCUGGGUCUACAGUGGAAAUGGAACUGCGUACUUACGAUGUUACUACUUUGCCGUUCGCACCUUGAUCACAAUCGGUGGCUUACCUGAGCCCCACACCGUCUUUGAGAUCCUCUUUCAGUUGCUGAACUAUUUCACGGGCGUCUUCGUGUUCUCCAGCUUGAUCGGACAGAUGAGAGACGUCAUCGGAGCCGCCACCGCUGGACAUACCUACUUCCGCAGCUCCAUGGACGGUACCGUGGCCUACAUGAACACCUACAAGAUCCCCAAACUGGUGCAGAAAAGAGUACGCACCUGGUAUAACUACACCUGGGCGUCCCAAGGCAUGCUGGAUGAAUCCGAGCUGCUGGGGCAGAUGCCCCUCGUCAUGAGAACUGCCAUCGCUGUGGACAUCAACCUCACCACCUUCCAGAAGAUCGACCUCUUCAAGGGAUGUGACAACCAGAUGCUUGUAGACAUGCUGUUGAGGUUGAAGUCCAUUCUGUAUCUACCUGGAGACUUUGUGUGUAAGAAGGGCGAUAUUGGGAAGGAGAUGUACAUUAUCAAAGCUGGAGAGGUGCAGGUGAUCGGAGGACCGGACAAUAAGACUGUAUUUGUGACACUGAAGGCCGGAUGUGUGUUUGGAGAAAUCAGCCUUCUACAGUCUUCUAAGGACGGAGGCAACAGGAGAACAGCCAACGUUGCCGCCCACGGUUUCGCCAACCUCUUCGUCCUGGACAAGAAGGAACUCAACGACAUCCUGGUCCACUACCCCGAUUCCCAGAAGGUUCUGGCCCGGAAGGGAAGGAAACUGAUAAAGGCCAAGGGCCCGGCCUCAGCCGCGGCAGACGGCGAGAGGAAGAAAGGGCUGUCUCUCUUCACGGACAAACCCCCGACACCCAAAAUCCUCCGCGCCCUUGGGGGACUGAACAAGUUAAAGGCUACAAUGAAAAGGAAGUAAGAGCAAGAAGAGACUCCUCUAUGACCCUGGAGGGGAAGUUUGCAUUUUUAUUUUUUAUCAUUUUUUUGGAAGUUGAUUAUAAAAAAACAAAUGAAUCAAAAAGAUUAUCAUUACUUUAGAUAUUGCAGCUACUGGGUUCAGCUGUUCUUCAGCCCAGCCGGGUGACAUGCAGCAUUGCCCAGGGAUGGGAGGGUUUCAGUCAGGUGGGACGUCUCACUGCACAGCAGUGACCCCUCCUGGUCGCUCGUAUGCUCGCGGUUUGCCCGUCGAGUAGCACGUCAAGCACCUUCCUCAGACUCAUGUGUGUCUCGUGGCUCUUGGCAUCUCGCUGUUGCAGCAAUGAGCUCUGGUAAAAAAUGUAGGAUUUUUCUCACCACUAAUGUCAGAUAACUGACUUGGCGCACUCACGGUGUGCAAAAAGUUAGCAUAAGCACACUAGCCUGGAUAUUGUGCAGUAUACAAAAAGAAUACCUGUGUACUUCUUUUGUCCAGGAAUCUCUGUAAAAAUAAAUCUAAUUGUAAUGCAGUAUAAAGUUCUGACACAUCAGCUGAGGUUCACAUUUAAGGAUUUUACGUUUAAAGUAAAACCGCGAGGUUUUAUGGUCUAGUUCCAUGUACCAUCCUAACUGAAGAAUGAUAAGCUCCCAAUAAAAAGGCAAUUGACAAACA